AUGGAAGCAAAGCCAAAUGUGAACAAACAAAAUGUAGUCAUUUUAAAAAACAUCUUAGACGCUAAGUUGUCAAAGGAUAAGAAUUAUAAUGAGAGAAGAAUUAGGCACAAUAAGCAUUCAUUAAUUCUGAGCAAACAAUUUCACGGAAUAAUUGGGGGAAUUACUGUUGGUAUUUUAGGGGUUCAAGGUAUUUACGGUUUUUUGCUUUUUUCUAUAUUUACUAUGAUAGGAACUCUUAUGACCUUUUCUCAUAUUCGAGCAGAUUACAAAUCAUUUUUUAUCAAAAAAUCGGACAUUUUUUGUCGUGACUUCUUUAGUGGAUUGAUAUCCUUUAUUUUGUUUUGGACCCUAUCGUACGACCUAAUAUAUAUUUUUUAA